AUGGCAAAAUUCAUCCAUCCCCCGUUUCUAGCUGUAUCGGUUAUGCUCGUCUGCCUCUCAAUGCUUCCUCCCGCAUUCGCCGCUGGGCCGGUGCGCAUCGCUCGCACGCUACAGGCUCAAGACCGCGAGCAGGUGGGCGGCGCCGCGGCGUCGUCCGCCAUUCCCAUUCAAUACCGCGGUGGACCCGUGAUGAGCGGCGAGACGCUGAACGUGUACUUAAUCUACUAUGGCUUCUGGCCCGCGGGAAUCGGGCAGGAUUUGAUCGAGAAUUUCAUUCAAUCGCUGAGCCUAGGAAGCUCCGAUGAGCAGGGGGGACCCGGGGAUCCGAAACAAACUUCGCCCAACGGAAAGCCCUGGCUCGACGCGAUGGUUUCGGCGAUCGCUCACGAGAUCGCGGAAGUUGCGACGAAUCCUGAUGCUCGGAGCGGCUGGUUCGAUGCUCACCAGAGGGAAGGCGCUGAUAAGUGCAGCUACCACUACGGAGUUACGCAAACAACUAAGAAUGAAAAGGGCGAGGAUUCAGAGUACAAUCUGGUGGGGCUCAACAACAUGAAGUUUCUGGUGCAGCAGAACUGGGAUCUCUCGACCUGGUCCUGGGCGGAGAAAAUGGACAGAGCGGGAGAAAUUAGCGAUUCGCUUCCCCCGCCCGUCGCCUUCGCUUUCUCCGCCCGCCCUCGCGUUCCACGCCCGCCGCCCUCGCUUUCCCCGCCUACCACCCUCGCCUCGCGGGUCGCAAUCGCCGCCUCGCCGCCCGUCGCCCUCGCUUCCUCCGCCCGUCGACCUUGCUUUCCCCCUCUCGUCGAUCUCGUUUUCCCCCUCCAGUCGACUUGCUUUCCCUCUCCCGUCGACUUUGCUUUCCCCCUCCCGUCGACCUUGCUUUCCCCCUCCCGUCGACCUUGCUUUCCCCCUCCCGUCGACCUUGCUUUCCCCCUCCUGUCGACCUUGCUUUCCCCCUCCCGUCGCCCUCGUUUCUCCUCCCCAUCACUCGCCCAGUCGACCUCUCCUCCCUGUCCUGUCGCCGCGUCAACAUCGCUCUCAUUCCCGCGGCCAACAGUUCGUCGAGCUUCCAUCUUAUUCGCCCUCUCUUCCUUUCCCUGUCGCCCAUGCCCAUUCCCCUCUCCCGCGCCGACGCCCUGGUUUUUCAACCCGCCCUAG